GGGGCUUUCUCGCCCAAAUUGACGUACUCGCAAGAAGACGUGCAGGACAUAAUCGAGUACGCCAGAUAUCGUGGUAUUCGAGUACUCCCGGAGUUCGAUACCCCGGGACACGCCCACUCGUGGGGCAUUGCUAUGCCUGAGCUGCUCACACCGUGCUGGGCAGGAGGUGAACCAGGUCAGGCGAACUAUUCCUACCACGCCGAGAGAGAGAACUUUGAUCCUUCGAAGAAUUCCACCUUCCAAUUCCUAGAAGAGUUUUUCCACGAAAUCAAAGACGUUUUCAAGGACGAAUUUUUUCACAUGGGCAUGGAUGAAGCGCACUACAUGUGCUGGGAGUCUAGCCCCGACAUUGCAGCUUUCAUGGAGGCAUCAGGCUUUGGCCACGACUUCUACAGGCUGGAGGAAUAUUACAACGUGAGACUCCUUGAUAUCGUACAGAGACUCAUGAGGAAAUCGAUCAUCUACGAGGAUCCCAUCAACCAUGGCGUCACGGUCCCUAACGACACGAUCAUCCAAGCGUGGAAAGACGUGACCCUUGACCCUCACCUCCAGCCCUGGCAGAGUUACGUGGAGCAGCUGCUCACAACGACCGACUAUCACGUGAUCUUGUCCUCCUGCUGGUACCUCAACAAGAUCUACAGCAACCAGGACUGGAGGAGGUUCUAUGCCUGUGACCCUGCUAGCGUCAACGCCACAGACGAGCAGCUGUCUAGAAUUCUCGGGGGUGAGGCUUGUGUGUGGAGCGAGUACCUGGACGAAUACAACGUUCUACAGUCCGUUUGGCCCAGGGCGUCUGCUGUAGCUGAGAGACUGUGGAGCCCGGCAAACGUCACUGAUGUCGACGACGCUCAGCUGAGACUGGACCAACACAGGUGUCGUCUGCUCAGACAAGGCAUCCCAGCGAGGCCAGUGCUGGCUGGUUACUGUUUAGACGAUUAUAACAUCGACAACUCACGGUCACACUUGUACCCGACACCAAGCACUUUGGCGCCACAUGAUACGACCCAGUCCGAAAACACGCCCACUUCAUCAACCGAGGAAGGCGACGCCCCUUUUCCUUCUUCUACUUCGACCACAGCCAAGGGCGACAACUCAAAAGAUCGCCGUAGCAACACCAAUAAUAAUAAUAAGAAGAGUGGUCAUAAUGGGUCGAAUGGGAGAGUUACUGCCCCGUUUACUCUUGCUAUAACAUCCAUAGUAGUUGCUGUGUGCUUGUUCAAAGGCUGGUGUGGGUUAGGUGAUGGUUAAGGAGAGAAAUAAAGGAGAAGUUUAUAA